GAAAAAUGUCUCAGGGUUGAAGGUAGCCUGGACGGAAAUUAACAUCUCGGUUCCCAUAUAAGAUUAUAUGUGUGUGUUUGGGGUUCUCAAAUCUCAGGUGGAGAAGAUGAAAAGUGUCGUUCCUUGCCACGAUCUGACGUCGUUUUCUAAUGGGUGUUAGAUGGACUAUGCAAGCACAAAACCCAUGACACAACUCUGUGCUUGGAAUGCGCAAGCCGGUGAAUCGCCCAACGAAAUCCGACAAUCUCAACCAUGCCAAAAUCCAACCAUUUAAUUAAGCUUCAUGAGCUACUGGGCUUAUGGUGAGAAUUGAUGAGAGAGGUGGACUCUGGAUAAGGGGACGGGUCAGCAGGAUUGCACCAUGUCAUGACACAUGUUUGUAUGGCAGUACCCUAUUAUCGAUUAUUGACGGGUUGGACCAAGAUCGCUCGGCUCAGGUCUUUGCUAUCUAGAUUUAGGGUUACGGCUGAGUUGCGUGUUCUAAGGCUAUUUGGUGAUCCCCUUAAAUUUCUCCAUGAAAUCUUACCAAUGCAAAAAUUAUGAUCGUGGCAGAUGACAAUUUAAGGGCGGUCAAUGUGCAGAGAGAGAAGGAGAAAAGUUCAUAUUUUGUUGCAUAUCGACAUAAACUUAGUGCUUCUUCUCUCUUAUAUUUGAUUUUCUUCUUGUCACCACCCUUUACUAGCAUGUACCUUGGCAAAAAUAAUGCAAGAUGAGGGAAAUCGUGUAGUUGUAGUAAAGAUGAAAAUUCAGUGUGACAGCUUAGAAGUAUGAUAAAUAGUGACAAUCAACAUGUGGUAUGUGGUAUAUACCGUUUUUUGGUAUAAGGGUUAAAAGGAACAUUUAUGACACUUCAAGGGUUGAAUCGGCCGAGUUAAAACUUCGAGGCCGCAUCAGUACAUACCCCCAAAGUUUGAGGAUUAAAAGGGCAUUAAGCUUUAGAAAAAAAUACACCUUUGUUUAUGCGGAGUAUAUUCACACAAAAUGAGUCUUCAUCGAAUUUGAUGUUCCAAUUGAAUUUUUUUUGUCCAAUGUCUCGAUAUUUGACUAUUUUCUCGAUAUAGUUAGUCCGGACGACGACACAAGUCAAUUACACCGAUAAAUAAGAAUGAAUUUCCAAAAGUGGAUCUGUAAUUAUGUUAAUUCACGGAUCAUAGGCUUCGUAAAAGAUCCAUGAGCAUUAUCCAGAGGCCUCAAACAUUGUGAUGCUAAUCCAGCCCACAUUGAAAGAUUAUUAGAAUAAUAUCAGGGAAAAGUUGUAAGGACAUGUGUCAUCAUAUGAUACGAUCCCAACCCGUCACCUCCACCCCUCUAUAUAUUUUACCUAUUGCUUCCCUACGGGCUAGGGCUACAGUCCAUUCUCUUUACAUAAAUUAUAAAGGGCGCUUCAGGUGGGUCAUUUGUGGCGAACAAGAUCGACCCUACCAGUUGUUUCGGAGCAGUACUUGUCUAAAAGCAGGACAAGGGGAGCCUCAAGUUAUUUCCGGUCAGACUUAAGAGCUUUUGAAGUAUCCCAGCGGGAUGGAAGUGGAAUGGAGACCUAAUUUUGGUGGGAUGGAAAAAGCAUUUAGCAUGAAUGUGAUGAUGCUAAUUGUUGGAUAUUUUACGGGACGCUCGAUAAGACACUGGAGUCCUGCACCAGCAACAAAACAAAAAAGAAAACGAAAAGAGAUCUGCAGCAGAUCAGGUGACAGAGUUUGGGGAGCAUGGGAUAAUCUUCCUGAUGAACUCCUCCGUUCAGUUCUAAUGAAAAUGAAUAUUAUCGACUACCUAGCCUUCAGUGGUGUGUGUAGAUCCUGGAGGUCAGUGUCUACCGAUAUUCGCAAAAGUUUUAUGGAGCGUCUGCAACCCUUAGUUCUAGCAAGACCAAGAUAUUCAAAAAAAGCUUGUGUGCUAUAUAAUAUUUUUGACAGGAAAAGUUGCAAGUCAAUGCUUCCAAAUAUGCCUCGCAAAAGCUUAUGGGGUUUAGCAAGUGGUUACUUGAUCACAUAUGACAGGAACAUGGGGUUUUGGCUUGUGAACUUAAUGACAAGACAUGAGAUGCACUAUCCUGUCCUGUCAGAAAGCAGCUAUAGCAUCUUUGACUUCACUCCUCGUGCUGUCCUCUUGCGGUUGACUCGGCUUUCAAGAAUUUUCAUGAUUAUUUUCUCUGAGAAGCAUAAUUUUUUACUGAUGUCUGAAAGUGGCUCUAGUAGUUGGCAGGAAUAUCUUUUCCCAAACACCAGUGCUGGAAUUGCAGAUGUAAAGAUUUGGAAUGGCAAAAUUUUUGUUCUAACCUGUGAUGCACAUUUUGGAGAAUUUAAUCUGAGGGCAGAUCCUGUUCUGAAGCUCUACAACCGUAACAUCCCUAUUCAACUUUCAUCACGUUCGAUGUUGCAGUUAGUGACUUCAGACAACAAGAUCUACAUGGUUAUGUCUCAUACUCAUUAUCCUCGUCCACCUCUAAGUAUGUUGGUCAUAUAUCUUUUCUUGUACGAACUUGACUACAGUAUGGAGUCUGCAAAACAGAUUAAUGACUUGGGUUCAAAAUCUUUGUUCCUGAGUCCACAUAAUUCUGCCCUGGUUGACACAACUGGUUGGGGUGCGGCAACUGUGUAUGUGUUCUUCAAAAUACAAUGGGAAGAUGUUCAUUCUCUCACUUGGAUGGACACUGGCUAGCAACGAUUCCUGUUGUUUGGGAUUAUAAUGUGAGACUAUAUUUCUGGGUUUUUCCUGGUGAAAGUUGGGACAUCAGCUGUGUUGGUGAUGAAUUUGGCACCUGAUCAUUUCUACUUCUGAAAUCUGUUUUCCCGGCCAAAUCUUCGGUUUUAGUUUCAUCUUACAUUCAGAAUAUUUGUAUUCUUUCUGUUUCAUGGAUCCUUUCAUUCAGACUAUAAAGUUAUGAUGUGAUGUGAAUUUUAUAUUAUGCACCAAAAGCUUUCAUAGCUUUUAAACUUAUUAUUUAAGAGAAUUGACAUUUUAGUAUAAACA